UGGCAUGAUUGAAGUUGUUCCCGCGAUUUUGUGAACUUGCUGCCGAGUUGUUCUCUUGACAGGCCAGUCGAUUGGCUCGUUGCAAUUGCCGUCAGCAUUGCUCGGCAAUUGAUUCCGGAUCUCCCCUGUUCUCGUGUCCAUUGUCCAAUAGUCACGGCGUGUAUCCCAACGCCUCCAAGCCAUGCGAUAUCCUACAUCGGCACAAGCCAUCCUUCUGGUUCUUCAUGAUGGCUAUCCACGGGUCCAGAUAACGCGGGGUCAACCGAACCACCCCACAUGGAGCUGUGCAUCCCUUUCGGCCGAGGUACAUUUGUUAUAGCUCCGUCUCCUUGCGACAAGUUGACAUCUGCUUCUUCCCAUUGCGCAACUCCCGGAGCAAUAUAGGAUCGUCGUCCUAAACUGCCAGCUCUGGGAAGUCGAUCAGAAGGUGCCGCUGUAACUGCACGCCAUGUUUUCUCCCAACCGGCUGCUUGCCCGGAGCUGCAGGUCAACUCCGGCUCGGACUCUGACCUCGCUCUCAAGUGUCUCGCCAUUGACCUCGCGGCAGGGGCUUCACACGUCUCGGAAAUGUCUCCUUCAAGCAAGUGCUCGUCUACAGACAACCGGCCCCCAGUUCCCCUUUGAGUCGCCCAACAAGGGGAAGCCUCCGUCAAACCAGGCGCAGCAGAGCGUCUCGGCGAAGAGCUUCGGCACUCCGGCUGCCUUUCAGCCCCGGACUGUCCUGGACGGCUCAAUCAACGGUGGCAAGGCCAUUACUGUGUCGAGUUCCGACCGCUUUAUCCAGAUUGAGGAUAAGGAGCAUGGCGGGUGGACCAGGCUCGACUCUGCCGCCUUGCGCGACAGCUGCGCCUGCGUGAAGUGUACGGAUCCCGCGUCGGGCCAGAAGAACUUUGCGUCGACCGACGUCCCAGCCAACGUCGAGAUUGACCAGAUCCGGCUGACCGAAGAUGGCCUCGGGGUCACGUUCCGGAACGACAUCCAGCGCCUCGCCGAGGGCGGCCACGAAAUGGUGGUCCCGUGGCAGACGAUCGAGAAGGCCCUGGGCCACCAAGACGUGGAGAAGCUGCCGUACCCGAGGCAGGACGCCGUGUAUCCGAAGACGGGGCGGACGUUCUGGGACAACGAGACGAUCAAGCGGAACAUCCGCAAGAUUGACUACGGCGAGUUCAUGAAGGGCGACGAGGCCUUCUGGCAGACCAUCCUCGACCUGUCCAGCCUGGGCCUCGUGUUCCUCAAGAACGUGCCGCGCGACGAAAACUCCAUCGUCAACAUCACGACGCGCAUCGCCAACAUCAAGGAGACCUUCUACGGCCGCACGUUCGACGUGCGCGCCAAGCCCGACGCCGAGAACGUCGCCUACACCAGCGGCUACCUCGGCCUGCACCAGGACCUGCUGUACCUGGAGCGGCCGCCGGCGAUCCAGAUCCUGCACUGCAUGGAGAACUCGUGCUCCGGCGGCGAGUCGCUCUUCAGCGACGGGCUGCGCGCCGGCAAGCUCAUGUGGCUGCAGGAUCCGCGCGGCGCCGUCGAGCACCUGCGCCGCGUGCGCAUCCCGUACCACUACGAGAAGCGCGGCUACUGGUACCGCCAGAAGCGCGCGCUCUUCGACGUGACGGCGGCCGACGACAUCCUCGCCAGCGUGUACUGGAGCCCGCCGUUCCAGGACCGCUUCCAGCUGCCGACCGUCGACGUGCGCGCCUGGCUGGAACCCGCGCGGCUGUUCGACCGCCUGAUCAACGACGAGGCCGCCAUGUACCAGGUCAAGAUGGCGCCGGGCGAGUGCGUGCUCUUCGACAACAUGCGCGUCAUGCACGGCCGGCGGGCCUUUGACGCCAGCGGCGGUUCGCGCUGGCUGCGCGGCGCGUACAUUGAGCGCGAGGACUUCGUCAGCCGCGUGCUGCAUGUGCCGGAUGCGCUCGCCGACGCGUACCGCGGUGGCGAGGCGUGGGAUCGCGCCGUCGAGGACCGCAAGCUGAAGGAGUCGCCGUGGUUCGGAGACGUCAAGGCCAAGUUGGACGGCGUCAUGGGUGGGCUGCGGGCCAAGGGAGCGGCCGAGUUGGGCGACGAGCAUUACCGACAGCUCAAUGCCUAGACUGUUCAAGAAGCGAUUUUGGAUACAGCGAGAGUGUAUUAUGGCAUCACGGACUCCUGG